AAGGGAAAGAGGAUGAUGAAACUCCACCAUUUGAUGCAAGAAAUGGAGAGUGUCAUUGAGGAGAAGGACGAAAAGGCUCAGGUCUUGGAAGGCUUACUCGGUUACAUCUUGUGCACAACUCAGGAAGCAGCGAUUGUUCCUCCUUAUGUUGCCUUUGCUAUAAGGCCGAACCCUGGAUUCUGGGAGUUUGUUAAAGUCAACUCUAACGAUCUGUCUGUUGAUGGGAUCACUGCCAUAGAUUACUUGAAAUUCAAGGAGGCAAUCGUUGAUGAGACAUGGGCUGAUGAUGAAAAUGCAUUGGAGGUUGACUUUGGUGCAAUGAACUUCAAUAUGCCUACCAUGAGCUUAUCUUCAUCGAUCGGAAAUGGAGUUAACUUCGCAUCAAAGUUCAUUACUUCUAAACUUUAUGCUCAAUCCGGCAGCCAACAGCUUCUUGUUGAUUACUUGCUCUCAUUAAAUCAUCUUGGAGAAAAACUUAUGAUAAAUGAUACACUGAACACAAUUUCAAAGCUCCAAGGGGCUCUAACAGUGGCUCUGGCUGCCCUUUCUUCAUUGCCCAAUGAUACUCCAUAUGAAAGCUUCGAGCUUAGGUUUAAAGAAUGGGGUUUUGAGAAGGGAUGGGGAGAUAAUGCAGAAAGGGUGAGGGAAACAGUUCGAUUCCUAUUGGAGGUUCUUCAAGCACCUGACCCUGUAAACCUGGAGAAAUUCUUUAGCAGGGUCCCUAGCAUAUUCAACGUCGUGUUAUUCUCAAUCCAUGGGUAUUUUGGUCAAUCAAAUGUUCUUGGCUUGCCUGAUACUGGAGGGCAGGUGGUUUAUGUUUUGGAUCAAGUUGUGGCUUUAGAAGAGGAAUUGCUCCUCAGAAUUAAGCAGCAAGGGCUCAACUACAAGCCUCAGAUUCUUGUGGUGACUCGACUUCUCCCUGAUGCCAAGGGGACCAAGUGUAAUCAGGUGCUGGAGCCAGUUAUGAACACAAAACAUUCCCACAUAAUUAGAGUCCCGUUUAGGACCGAAAAAGGCAUUCUUCGUAAAUGGGUGUCUCGAUUCGAUAUUUAUCCGUACCUUGAGAAGUUCACUCAGGAUGCAAGUGAGAAAAUCAUCGAAAUGAUGGAAGGGAAACCAGAUCUUAUAAUUGGAAAUUAUACUGAUGGAAAUCUGGUAGCAUCUCUCAUGGCUAACAAACUCGGAACCACAUUGGCUACGAUUGCACAUGCUUUAGAGAAGACCAAGUACGAAGAUUCGGACAUGAACUGGAAGCAAUUGGACCCAAAAUAUCACUUCUCCUGCCAAUUCACAGCUGAUAUGAUUGCGAUGAAUUCAGCAGAUUUCAUCAUCACCAGUACUUACCAAGAAAUUGCUGGAAGUAAAGAUAGGCCUGGGCAGUAUGAAAGCCACGGAGCAUUCACGCUUCCAGGACUAUAUAGAGUCGUUUCAGGCAUCGAUGUGUUCGAUCCUAAGUUCAACAUUGCUUCUCCAGGAGCUGAUCAGACCGUGUAUUUCCCUUACACCGACACACAGAAACGAUUCACUUCAUUUCGGCCUGCCAUUGAGGAACUACUCUUUAAUCAAGCUGAUAACAACGAACACAUUGGAUACUUGGAAGACAAUAAGAAACCGAUCAUCUUCUCAAUGGCAAGGCUUGAUACUGUGAAGAACAUCACAGGACUCACCGAGUGGUUUGGAGAGAACAAGAGGCUGAGGAGUCUGGUUAAUCUUGUUAUUGUGGCCGGUUUCUUUGAUCCAUCAAAAUCAAAAGAUAGAGAAGAGAUGGCAGAGAUAAAGAAAAUGCACUUGUUGAUAGAGAAAUACCAACUCAAAGGUCAAAUAAGAUGGAUAGCAGCACAAACUGAUCGAAACAGAAACAGUGAGCUUUACCGUUUUAUUGCUGACUCAAAGGGAGCGUUUGUUCAACCUGCUUUAUAUGAAGCAUUUGGACUCACGGUCAUUGAGGCAAUGAACUGCGGCUUGCCAACUUUUGCAACAAAUCAAGGUGGUCCAGCUGAGAUCAUCGUUGAUGGGGUUUCUGGAUUUCAGAUUGAUCCCAACAAUGGUGAUGAAUCCAGCAACAAGAUUGCUGAUUUUUUCCAGAAAUGCAAAGAGGAUGCUGAAUACUGGAACAUAAUUUCGGAAGGAGGUUUGAAGCGUAUAUAUGAAUGCUACACAUGGAAGAUUUAUGCAAAUAAAGUGUUGAAUAUGGGGAACAUUUACACGUUCUGGAAGCAGUUAAACAAGGAACAGAAACAAUUGAAACAAAGAUACAUCCAACUAUUCUACAAUCUUCAUUACAAGAGCAUGGUUAGGACUGUGCCUAUUGCUAGCGAUGAGGCUCAACCUGUACCCGUGCCAAGGGCAAAGACUUCAACUCAGCCGAUGCAAAGACGCACGCAAUCCAGGUUGCAAAGGCUUUUUGGAGCUUAAACGGUUGAGGGCAGUUCAGGUUUGUAACUGGUUUGUCCAGUUUACAACGAUAAGUAAAGCGAUUUGUGUACAAAAAAAUAACAUAAGUAUCUGAUAAAAUGUCAAUGAAU